AUGGAAGCUGUUCCACAGUUAUUCUUUGAUGCCGCAUGGCGAAGAGAUUGGGCUGUUGACUUUAGGGAAAUCGUUUUUGGUCCGAGAAUUGGUGCUGGAGGAUUUGGAGAGGUGUACAAAUGCAAGUACGAGGAGAAGAUGGUGGCGGUGAAGACUUUGCAAAAGGUGGAAGACGACGAUCCGAAUGCGCUUAUGGGCGAAUUUAUGGUGGAAAUGAAGCUGAUGUCUAAGCUCCGACACUCCAACAUUGCACAGUUCAAGGGAGCAUGUAUUCACGUUCCAAACUUGGCAAUCAUCUUGGAGUUUAUGCCCGGGGGCAGUCUGUACCGCGCCAUUCAUCGCAGACGUAGAAAUGUUCUUGGAGCGUUUCCGCUUCUCAAGAUUGUGUGGAUCGCAUUUGGCGUAGCAAAGGGGAUGGCAUUCUUGCACGGCCAGUAUCCUGUUGUUAUCCAUCGCGAUGUCAAGUCACCAAAUAUUCUGCUAGGGACAAACGUUCGGGAAGUCAAGAUCACGGACUUUGGGCUUAGCAGACUACGAGUCAACUCGUACAUUAAUACGGCCCGCGGUACUCCUGAAUGGAUGGCACCUGAACUUUUGAGACAGGACGCCUUCAACGAGAAAUCAGACGUGUUUUCGUUUGGCGUAAUUCUUUGGGAACUGGUCAUAUGUGAGAAGCCAUGGCGUGAUGAGCACCCCAGGCGAAUUUUAUACAAGGUUGGUAAUCGGGGUCUCAAACUUCCGACGCCAGCGCCAGAACAAUGUGGCCCUGAGCUUAGACAGAUGCUUGUGCAGUGCUUUGCAGACGAUCCCAGCCGACGACCACAAUUCCGUAAUAUUGCUGCAAGAAUAGAAGACAUGUGCAAGCAAUUUGAUACCUAG